UAAAUGAAAACAAAUUCAAAUAAGAAAUAAACAAAUUUAUUAAAAACAGCAAACUGUCAUAGCGAUUUUUAUCCCUAGAUUUUUUUAUUCACCAUAUUAACAAUGUCCGAGCCUACAGGCACAUCAAAGCAUGUAGACAUUGAGCAAGUGCAGGUCAUGAUAGACUUCAUGGGGCAACAUGCAGAAUUCGCAUCAGGCAAGCUUCGGACACUAGAAGCUCGCCACAAGUCUAAGGAACUUUGGGAGAAGCUAACCGCGCUUCUGAACGACUGCGGUGGUAUCAAGAAGUCACCUGAUGGGUGGAGUAAGUAUUGGAGCGACUGGAAAAAUAAAUUGAAAAACAAAACACAUCUCCUUAAAACGAGAAAGUCUUACAAUGCGAGGUUAACGAGACUUGAAAAGAAAGCCCUCUCAAUACUGGGACCAGAGUUUAGCAAGAAAAAGAAACCAUUGACAAAUGGGUUUGCAUCUGAUGAAAGUAGCUCGGACUCUCCACUUAUAAAAUCUGAGGAUAACCAGGGGUAUGAAAAAAACAUUUUGUCAGAUGAGGAAAGUGAUGAUAAUUCUGACUCCAGCCAUGAUGAAGAUGAACUUAAUUCUAAUGAAGCUCUAUUACAAAAUUUCUAUCCCAAAUGGCUGAAGGAAGUCGAGAAAAAGCGAGCGGACGCUGAGCUUUACCGAGCGAAAGCUGAGGAGCAGAGGGCGUCGGUCGCUGUGAAGGCGGCCGAAGCUGCCGUCAAACAAGCCGAAGCUUUGAAGAAGCUCGCCGAGGCUACCGCUAAUCAGGCUGACGCUCUAGUAAGGAUAGCUUUAGUAUUGGAGGCGCGGGGUGAAAGAGAUGUCCUCGAGAUAUGAAAGACUCCAUACGUGAAGGUACCAAGAACCUACCUGAAGACCGACGGAAUGUGUUGGAAGAUGUAGAAAGAUGAGUUUUCUUGAAUAACCUUGAAUGGCCAUGGUGAUGUACAGAUGAAGACCCAGCUCUUAUCCUAUGGCAAUUUUUGUCAUAAGCAAACUCUUGCGCAAUAGGGGAUUGUGAGGAGAAUGAAUGGGCAAUUCUUCCUUAUGGUCCUCGUCAAUGGAACAAAAUCCUGUGCCCAUGAGAAAACAGCAAGCAGAUCCUGCAAGCUUCCUUAAUUUUGGGCAAUACAUUUAGUGUACUAAGACUAAUGAUCAAUUUCAAACAUGAUAUUACUCGUACCAAUCGAUAAGAGAAGCAAUGAACAGUCACUUUGUGUAAAGACCUGACUGGACCGUUCUAGAAUUAUAUUCCAAGGUUCACCCUAGAUUCUUCUCCUAUGAGAUCCUAAGGGACCAGGUGAGGAUGCAAUUGGUAAUAAUGCCAGGGGAAUGAAGCCAAGGAAGAUGCAAAAAUUCAAAACUACUACUAAACUUGUGUGAACACAAAAGAAAUUGUAUUAGUUUUGUAUGUGAGAGACGAGCACAGCUUUAUUAUACAUACAUAUAAGCACGUCUUUAACCCUUAUGACAAAGAGUCACCUGUCUUGAAAAAACUGAAAGGCCAAUUUCAACUGUAUAAAUAUGUACUAUAAAAUUGAAUAAAACAAAGUUAUUUUUUAAAUA